AUGUUUGAUAGACAGUUGGUGAGAGGUGGAACCUUUCCGGAUGAACAAGAGAUAGGGGCUUUUAUUAGUGGCCUAAAAGAACAAUUAAGGGUUGAUCUAGAGCAAGGGCUUAAGGCAAUUUUAGAACUAUUCCUUAAAGAAUCUAUCCUUGAUGACACCAAGGCAUUAGAGAUUUCACUCUAUGUUCUCAUUAACAUUAUUACUCAAACAAUGAGUGUACAAGCUAGAUUAAGGGGGUGA